AUGUGGCGGCGUAUCUUUCUGUGCAAUCGACAAAUUGAAAGUGUGGAUAAAUCCCACUGCAGUUUAUCAGCAGUACCCGAUCAGAUUUAUCGACUUCAUCGUUGUUUAGAAGAACUGAAUUUAGAUGCCAAUCAAAUCCAGGAAUUACCACCGCAAUUUUUUCGAUUACUAAAAUUACGCAAUCUCAGCUUGGAAGAUAAUGAAAUCAAGCGCUUACCAAUGGAGAUAUCCAGCUUAACUAAACUUGUUGAAUUAAAUCUUCGCCAAAACGAAAUUUACGACAUACCAGAAGCUAUUCGAUUUUGCCGCUCUCUUAACACCCUUAAUCUUAGUAGUAAUCCAGUUGAAAGGCUUCCCGACAGUAUUACGCAAUUGCGAAAUUUAACUUAUUUGAUGUUAAAUGAUAUCUCAAUUGUUGAACUACCGGAUGACAUUGGCAGCUUGGUCAAUUUAACCGUUUUAGAAGCAAGGGAAAACUACAUAAAAGUUUUACCGAAAUCUAUUUGUGAAUUAACUGUCCUAGAAAGAUUAGAUCUUGGAGCAAAUGAGAUUCAAGAAUUGCCGGAUUCAUUAGGUUCUUUAUUACACCUCAAAGAAUUACUAUUAGAUACCAAUCAAAUUAAGAAAUUACCCACGAGUAUUGGAAGGUUAUCAAAUUUAGAAAGCAUCGAUCUAUCAGAAAAUUGCGUGGAAUCGUUACCAGACGAAAUUGGGAAUGUGCGGAAUUUAACAGAUUUAUUGUUAUCAUCAAACUUACUACAGUUUUUACCUUCCAGCAUAGGAAAGUUGAGAAAUUUAUCAAUGCUAAAACUGGACAUAAAUAGAAUAGAAGAAAUAUCGGCUACAAUUGGAGGGUUGAUGUCCCUUACAGAAUUAGUGCUUACAGAAAAUUGCCUUAAGCAAUUGCCUGGAACUAUAGGAAAACUUGGAAAAAUGAAUAAUUUAAAUGCUGAUAAGAAUUUCUUGACUUCCAUUCCAUCUGAAAUUGGGAAUUGUACUAAUUUAACGGUUUUAUCUUUACGAGAUAAUCAUCUCGAUCAUUUACCAUCGCAAAUUGGUAAACUGAAAAAAUUAACGGUCCUUGACGUUUGCGGUAACAGGCUUGAAAGUCUUCCUAUUACUGUAGCUCAAUUGAAUGUGAAAGCAAUCUGGCUAUCAGAAAAUCAAUCGAAGCCAUCCGUAAAGCUACUACCAGAGACCUUAAGUGAUGGAAAAACUGAGGUUUUAACUUGCUUUUUAUUGCCACAACAGCCAUUGCCCGACGAAAUCUCUGGUUUGUAA